AUGCCCCUCAUCAACGAAGCCCCUUACGCCGCAGAUGAUGUGCCGGACUACCCUCAAUGUACCCCCCGUCAUUUGAAAAUCAUCCACGUUGGGGCCGGUGCCUCCGGCCUGCUAUUUUCCCACAAAGCUCACAGAGGCCUGUCAAACUAUGAACUCGUCUGUUAUGAGAAGAAUGACGUGAUUGGCGGCACAUGGUACGAGAACAGAUAUCCGGGAUGUGCCUGUGACAUCCCCGCGGCGACCUAUACGUUUCCCUUCGAACCCAAUCCCGACUGGAGCGGGUAUUACAGCUACAGCGACGAAAUUCAAGAGUACAUGCUCAAAUUCGCCAGGAAGUACGACGUGGAGAAAUACGUUAAAUUGAAUACCGAAGUGACCGCGGCAUCGUGGGACGAGAACGAAGGGAAAUGGCAUGUUGACCUCAGACGAAAGGAUGGAACCUCUUUCACCGACACAUGCGACGUCCUCGUCAAUGGCUCUGGAAUUAUCAACAAGUGGAAAUGGCCCACGAUUGAAGGAUUGCAUCACUUUCAGGGGACCCUGGCUCAUUCAGCAGCAUGGGAUACCAGCAUCGACUGGGCCAACAAAACCGUCGCUGUCAUCGGGACAGGAUCGAGUUCUAUUCAAAUGGUGCCCAGAUUGGCCGCGACGGCAAACCACCUCACCGUCUUCAUGCGCAAUCAAACCUACGUUGGUCCACAGUUCGGGGCGAAUGUCUCGAAUAAAGAAGCAGACCCGGAAGCGAUGGAGCCUAACGCGGCUGGAAAACAUCAAUAUACUGAGAAAGAGAAGCAACGAUUUCGAGAUGAUCCCGAGUAUCACUUGAAAUACCGCCGUGCCGUGGAGCGGUCUGUGGUCAGCGGAUUUCGAAUGUUCUACCGAGGAUCGGAAAUGAAUGUCCAAGCGAAGAAAAUGAUGCAAGAAUCCAUGGCACAAAGACUCGGCAGUCGCGAAGACCUCAAGCAACACUUCAUCCCCGACUGGAGUCCCGGCUGCCGUCGCUUGACUCCUGGAGAAGGCUACCUAGAAGCACUCUGUCAAGAGAACGUAUCCUGCGUCUUUGACGACAUUGUCAAAAUCACACCCUCUGGCGUCCUCACCCGCGACGGCUCAGAGUAUCAAGUCGACAUCCUUGUGUGUGCUACUGGCUUUAAUGUCCAAUAUUUCCCACACUUCCCCAUUACCGGAGUCGGCGGCCAGCUCAUGCAAGACGCACCGGAACCCUGCGUGUAUGCGUCAAUCGCGGCACCGGGGUUCCCUAAUUAUUUCGUUGUCAAUGGGCCGAGAGGUAAUUGGGGCCAGGGCUGUGCACUACCCAGCCACGAGGUCCAGACAGACUACAUCGUCCAGUGUUGUCGGAAGAUGCAGGAAGAUGGGAUCCAGAGUAUGGUGCCGCGACGAGAGCCUACGACACAAUUGAAUUUGUACAUGGAUGCGUGGCAUAGAAAGCACAGCGUUUGGACUGAGGAGUGUCGGAGCUGGUAUAAAGAUAAUAAACCCGAUGGCCGCGUCUACAUCUGGCCGGGGAGCUUAUUCCACCACCUGAAAUUUUUGAAGCGCCCGAGGUUCGAACAUUACGAUAUCAAGUAUAAGGAUCCAGGGAAUAUUUUUGCGUUCCUGGGGAACGGGCUGACAAUCACGGAGACAAAGUACGGACCAGAGGAUAUGCCGGUGCCGUAUAUAAGGAAUGAUGAGGAUGAGGUUUGGGAUAUUGAGUAA